AGCAUACGGGCACUGAAUUCCUGUGUCGGAAAUAAUUUAGCCACCAUUUUGUUAAAGUGAACUAGAACAGUUGAGGAAAACAAAGGAAUAAUUGAUAACCCUUUAUUGACAACGCUGAACGCGAUUGCAUACAGCCUCAGGAGAUUAUUUAGAAAAUGAAUACAUAACUAGAAAUGGCUAUAACAUGAUACCCUUUGGAAUUUUUCUGUUUAAAUUGCAUUAGUGUUGUGAUAAAUGGAGGGAAAACGAGGGGUGUGUGUCGUGAAAUACUUGAUUCCCUAUCUCUGAUACGUUGGUGGGCACAAAGGAAACUGUCACAGAGAUGGAGCUUUACAUAGAAACAUUGACUGGUACAUUCUUCGAGCUUAGAGUGUCGCCUUUUGAGACGAUAAUGUCUGUGAAGGCAAAAAUUCAAAGGCUCGAAGGAAUACCAAUAGCUCAACAACAUUUGAUAUGGCAGUCUAUGGAAUUAGAGGAUGACUACUGUUUACAUGACUACAGCAUCCAUGAUGGAUCCACACUUAAACUAGUCUUAGCAAUGAGGGGAGGACCCAUCAACACGAGGAGAAUUCCCAUGGAAGAUCCAACACUCAGGGAAAUGGCUGAAUAUGUAGAAGCAAACAGAGAUGAAAUAUGGGAAAAGGUACCAGGAAAUAGACAAGUUACUUUACUUGUGUUCAGAGAGGGUGACCAGCUGAACUUUUUCCGUGUAGUUGAUAGAGGAGAUGGAACACUCACUCCGUUGUCUGAGUCUCUCAGUGGUGCCUCCAUGUACAACUUCAAUGAUGAAGAAGAAGAUGAUGACACCCCUCCAAAAGAAAAGGUUGAAGAGAAUGAACAACUGAAAGAAAAAAUGAAAACUCUUCGAGGGAAAAUGGAAAAAUUAACUCUUAAAAAGCCUAGAAAAAAGCCCCGCCCACCUUCUACAGGUCACUCCACUAGGUUACGACAACUUCCAGGUUCUGGACGAGCUCUUGGACAUUUAAAUAGAAAUAUGUGCCUCCCUCCAGUUGGUCAUACCCGCCAUUCUCCUCUUACUAUGGAUGACAGAACUAAUUUAACAGAACCAUUGUCUUUAUCUACUUUCGGUGAACAAAGUCGAAGUGCCAAAUCAUCAAGAAGUGGUAAAUUAGUGGAUAAUACUGAGUGUUUGAGUAGACUAAGUCAUACAUUAGCUAGUGUGAAAGAAAAUUCUAGUGUAAAGGAAGCUAGUACAGAUAUCAAAGAUAAAGAAGACCAGUUUCAAACUGCUGCUCUGCCUGAGAAAACUGUUGAUAAAAGUUUGUCAAAACCAGAGGAAAAUAUAUCAAAAUCAGACUCAGAGAAGCCUUCAAGUGAAACAAAAACUGAAGAAACACUGCCAACCACAAGUUCUCCUUGUAAAAAAGAUUCUGUGCUCUCUGCAAAUUCUCUUUCCAAAAAAGAUUCUGUGCUCUCUGUAAAUUCUGUUGGAAAAAAGGAUUCUGUGCCCACUUCAAGUUCUAGUAAAAAGGAUUAUGGAAGUGAUAAUUCAAAGGAAACUAACAAACCUAGCACAUCUAAAGCAAAACAACUUCUGAAAAAUGACCUUACAAUAGAAAACUUAAAAGAAGUGUUAGGUAGACCAAAUACUUCUUCUAGAGAUUUAAUGUUAGAAAGUUUACAAGAGACCUUUGGCAGACCAACAACAUCUUCUAGAUACAAAGGACUAGAAAGAAGAAAGGAAUUUACAUUAGAAAGUUUAAGCACAAGUGAAGCAAGAGCUAUGUCAGGACUCUUAAGGCAAGCUUCUCUUGAAAAAAUUGGUUCUUCACGUAUAGGUAAUUUUACUGGUAGUAAAUCGCGCUUGGGUAACUACAAUAUAGGACCGUCAGUUCAGGAUGGCAGAAUUACAACUCCGGAAGGAAGACUUGUGUCUGCAAGAUUACAGCGUGUUGCUAGUAGUCGAGAUGGUCGAUUAUUGUCUCCGUCCCACCGACUUCCUCCUGUCAAAUCUAAAAAGAAAGCUGCUAAAAGAUGCUUUGUCUGUGCUAAAAAGACUGGUUUAGCAACAAGUUAUAUUUGCAGGUGUGGUAAUAAUUUUUGUGCUACUCAUCGUUAUGCAGAAUCCCAUGAAUGUACCUUUGAUUAUAAAACAGAAGGAAGAAAGUUAUUAGAGCAGAGUAAUCCAGUAGUUAGUGCUCCCAAAUUACCUAAAAUUUAACUCAGGAUUGAUAUUAGCUCUUCAUUUAAACAGUGCUUUACCACAAAACCAUAUCGUGGCAUACACAAUAUGGAUUAGUUGUUGAAAUAUUUUGUUUUUGGAGUGAUUAAAGUGUUGUUGUUCAGGACUGUGAUAGAAUAAAUACUGUAGUUCAGUCUUUCAUUUUCAUCUCUUAUAAAGGGAAACAAUUUAUCUGAUAAAUCAUUAUUUUAUUCAAUAUUGUUGGUUUUUUUUUAAUGAAAACUUGAUUGUUUUAACCCUAUUUGUUUUUUAAAAUAUAAAUUUUUGCUUUGCUUUACAAAUUUUUAUAAUUGUUGAAUAAGUUUUAGAAUUAGAAAAAAGACAAUAUUACUUUUAAAGUGAAAAAAAUCUUAUUUUAUUUACAAGGUGAUAAAACAAGUAACUAUUUGUAUGUUAUGUUAUGUGAUAGAAUUUUAUAACCUCAUACUAUUUCAGGAGUUUAAUCAACAAUUUUGUUAGAGAAUGAAAACCUCUUUAAAAUUCAGAUCUUGCCUUUUUUCUGGGUUUCAAAACUUCAGUGUUUUACCCCGUUAAGAAUGAUAUAAUUAGUCUUUAUAUUAUAUACAUUUAUAUGUUUUAUAAGCAGUAUGUACAUUUUAUAAGGAUAUUUUAACCCUCCAACUUUUCUUUUGUUUUCUGUAUUGAGUAAUACAUUAGUUAUUUUGUGAUGGGUGUGUUCAUUCAUAGAUUAGAAAGGAUAUGAGAUUAUUGUAAUCUAGCCAAAAUCUUUCCUGAUAUUGUUUUAAUUCAAUUCAUUCUUUUUCAUAAUGACAAACAUAAUUAGUGUGCAUGAAUGCCAAACCUCUAAUGAAUAUUGUCACCUCCAAAAAUGUAGAAAAACAUUCAGUUUCAUAAAAUAUAUUGUUUCAUAGUAUCAUAAGGAAACAAAGUCUUAAUUAGUCUUUACUCAUUUUCCUCCUUUCUUCAGCAGAUAUAUACUGCCGGUAAAAGGUAGGACUUCAUUUCUAGUAUUUUAUUUUAUUUUUUUUACAGGGAAACAUUUGACAAGUAUAUAUCAAGUCUUAUUUGUUUUGUUCUUUAAAAUCAGGGGAGCGAACUGUACUUCUAUUUUUUUUAAAUUCUGUUUAACAAAUUGUUGAUGAGUAGUUCAAAAAAGGUUUAUGAAGGGGUACAUAAAAAAAAUUCAAUUUGGGGUGUUAUGGAAAAAAUCAAUUCUUUUUUAUUUGAAAUUCACAGAUUUUAUAUGAAAUAAAAGAGAUGAUAAAACAGAAUUCAAUGUCUUUUUAGAAAAUUGAAAAGUACUAUACAUUUAUUAGUUUGGUCAAAUUAAUCUUGUUCAAAAUAGGGGUAUAUGAUAAUGUUUUGGAAUGUACAUACUGCUGCUGAAAGUAUAUAGUAAUAUAUUUUUAAAUCAUAAUUCACAAGAAAGACUUAAUAUUUAAUAAUUUUAUCAUUGGGAUAAUGCUAAAAAAUAAUUACAAAAUCAGAUUAUAUGAUGAUAGCUUUCAUUUGAAUUUAUUUUGAAUGUUAUAUUAUAUUGUGUUGCUCAGAAGGCAGGCUAUCUUCAAACAUUCCAAUAUACAUGUCUAACCAUACUUUAUUGAGUCUAGAUUUAUUGUCCUUCACUAUGUUUCUUUUGUAUUCCUAUUAUAUAUAAGGGUAGAUUAAUGAAAUUAGACUAUUUUGUGGUGCAAAUAUUAACAUUUUCAUGUUUAUAACAAAUGGCAAACCUAAACAUUUUCUGUGAUCAAACUUGUUUACAUUUUUGUUGCACUUAAGUUGUUUUUUUUUUGUUUUUGAAUAAUUUUCAGUUUUGUGAAUUUUUCCUCGAAUUAGAAUAUUUAAUUUUUUUGCAAUGCUUUAAAUAAAUAUAGACAAUUUUUAAAAAGGAUAACAUAAACUUGGGUAUGUUAUUUAUAAUAAAUGGAUAUAGAAUACUAAAGCCAUAUCUUUUAUGGAAUUCCAAAAAUGAAUAUUAUAUUAUCUUGAGAUCCCUAAAUAUAACUUUUCGUUUUUGUAAUUCCAAUGGUGCUAUAUCAAGUGAUCUACUUAUUUUUGAUUUGAGGAAUAAUUUGUUGAUAUAUUAAUAGGUAGCUGAUGUGUUCCUAUGUUAGGGGCUGUUCUGUAUGCUAGUAUGACAUGAUUGAAUGGCUGUGAGAUUUUGUUGUUUUAGUUGUGUAUGUCUGUUGUUACUGUUAUGACCACAUUAAUCAUGUUCAGACAGCUGUUUAGGGUAGGUGCUACAAAAUCAAGCUAUAAAUAAUUCACAAUUUUUAUUGACAGAUAUUGGCUACAGGAUAUUCUAAAAAUACAAUUAAACAGUAUAAACUGUAUUUUAAUUGAUUUAUAAUCUGUUUGUUUGAAUGUGCUGCUGGGUGUGAAAUACUGUGUUUUAAGAGAUCUAUCAUAAAUUUGUGAUUGGUCAAAGGGAAAUAACUCUUGCAACUUUAAAAUAUGAGGACAUUUAUAAUUAAUCACUACAAAAUUCAUUUUGUAGCUGUAUUUUGUAGCAUCCUUUCCAUAACAACAGUAAAUUAUACUCUCUCUCAUUGUGAGUUAAUAAUGCAGUGAUUGUACAUUGUGCACUGAUAACUGAGUGUGAAUAAAUAAAUUCUUUAAUUUGUAA